CCCAAGUAUCUACAAACCCGGGGAGACAGAGUUCAGACCGUGGGCAUCUGGAGAACCAAAUAAUGUAAAUAAUCAAAGAGACUGCACAAGGUUUCAUCAAGGACAAUGGUAUGUCGAUGACUGUCAAUCGGUCUGGGGGGUGGUCUGCAUGGAUGUCAAAGGGUCAGCUGUGAAUUAUGUCUAUGUCAACCCCAUGUCAUGGUUCGAUGCCCAGACCUACUGCAGAAAAUACCACACAGACCUGGCCAGUGUGAGAAAUGCCGCAGACAACCAGAAGGUACUGGGGGCGAUACCUUACUUAGAAACAGUCUGGAUCGGCCUUUUCAGAGACACCUGGAAGUGGUCAGAUGGAAGUAACUCCUCAUUUAGGUUCUGGCAAAAUGGGCAACCUAAUUACCAUGGCGAGACUUACGUGGGUGCAGACUUCAGCGAUUCUGGAAAAUGGGGGGACUGGACCUUUGACUGGAAGAGAGCAUUCAUUUGCUAUGAUCCAGUGGUUACAAAGAAAGUGAUGAAAGUGAAGAUUGAGAACAAGAAGAAUGUGGAUCUGAAUGACCCUGCUGUGAUGGAGGCCAUGUUGAAGCAGCUGAAACAGAAGCUGAGGGCCCAGGGGCUGGACGACAACAUCAAGCUGAGCUGGAGGAAGCAGACCGAUGGAAAAGUCUUCCACAAGGAAGACAAGAAGACAAACAAGAGGAGGAGUAAGAGGGAUGAGCUGUAACGUUGAGUUGCUGCGUCUGUUUCUUUUCUCGAAGUCUUCAUUUAACGGGCCACAAUAGAGCUGCAGCAAUUAGAUGAUUUCAGAGUAAAUUCUGUGUUUUUACCCAAUUUUUCCAUGCGUUG